CAGAGAUGAGCUCGACACGUGGAAGGACUUUUUGCUCUAUUGUGAGCCCUCUUUAUAAGCUACUAUCCUCCUCCGCUCCAACCACCAAGGCAAAACAAAGAAGCUAUCCCCAAUAAUCUCCUCUCAUAUCCUUCUCCCUCUUUUCUCUCUCUCUCACACACAACCAUGGAGGUGGCGUUGAUGGGCCGGCGGGCCGGCGUGGUGAAGCCGGAGCUCUUCGCGACCAGGAAACUUGGGCUCGUUGAAUCGGGGCGGACAGGGUCCAGAGUGGACCGGAUCCGAUUCGAUCCGGCGACCGGGAGGGGCCGGAAAGGGGCGGUUAAGAUGGCUCGCAGUGGCGUCCGGUCCGAGAUGGCCGUCCGGGAGGCAGAAUUGAACGCCCCAAAGAAAUCGACCGGUCCGGUUCGGCUAUUCGUGGGUCUACCUCUCGACGCGGUCUCCGACUGCAACGCCGUGAACCACGCCAAGGCCAUCGCGGCGGGGCUCCGCGCCCUCAAGCUCCUCGGCGCCCAAGGCGUCGAGCUCCCCGUGUGGUGGGGCGUCGCCGCUGCCGGCGAAUGGUCCGCCUACCUCGCCCUCGCCGACAUGGUCCGCGACGCCGGUCUCCGCCUCCGCGUCUCCCUCCACCUCCACGCCUCCCGCCGCCCGGCCUUCCCCCUCCCCGACUGGGUCUCCCGCCUCGCCGACGCCAACCCCGACCUCCUCUUCACCGACCGCUCCGGCCGCCGCCGCCAGGACUGCCUCUCCCUCGCCGUCGACAACCUCCCUGUCCUCGACGGCAAGACCCCGUUGCAAGCCUUCGAGGAGUUCUUCCGUAGUUUCCGUUCCGCCUUCUCCGAUUUCAUCGGCUCCACCAUCACGGACAUUUCGGUGAGUCUCGGACCCAAUGGCGAGCUCCGGUACCCCUCGUUCCCCCCCUCCACUGGAAGCCAUCUGUUUACAGGCGUCGGAGAAUUCCAAUGCUACGAUAAAUACAUGCUGGCCGAUCUCAAACGGCAUGCCGAGGAGUCCGGAAACCCACUGUGGGGCCUCUCUGGUCCCCAUAAUGCCCCGGAGUACGACCAGUCGCCGGAUUCCGGCAACUUCUUCAGGGAGAAUGGCGGCUCGUGGGAGACCCCCUAUGGAAAUUUCUUCCUCUCCUGGUACUCAGGGCAGCUCCUAUCCCAUGGUGAUCGGAUGCUCUCAACUGCAUCGAAAGUGUUUGGUGAUUUGCCGGUGACUCUGUCUGCAAAGGUGCCACUUUUGCCCUGGUGGCACGACACCCGGUCCCGGCCGGCUCAGCUGACUGCUGGAUUCUACAACACAUAUGGAAGGGACGGGUACGAUGCCGUCGGCGAGAUGUUCGCAAGGAAUUCUUGUGCAAUGAUCAUCCCUGGAAUGGACCUCUUGGGCAAGGAGCAACCUCAUGGCCUGAGAUCGAGCCCCGAGUCGCUGCUAUCUCAGAUAAUGAAGGCGUGUGAGAAGCAUGGGGUGAGGGUUUCCGGGGAGAAUUCUUCGCUUGAUGGCAUCGGCGUAGAAGGUUUUAGAAGAAUUAAGGAAAUUCUAUCUGCAGAGAAUUCAAGUGUCGAUUCUUUUACGUAUCACAGAAUGGGCGCUUUCUUCUUCUCGCCAGAGCAUUGGCCUCUGUUUAUGGAGUUCGUAAGGAGCAUGGCCCAGUCAGAGAUGGAUUCUGAUGAUUUGCCAAGCAACAAGGAGGAGAAGUUAUCCCUAUCGGUGGAUCGAGAGAUGCAAGCAGCUUAAGGGUACUGCUCUGUGCACUGUUAAUAUAUGUAUUGAGUAGUAGGGAUAUGCGGAAUUACUGAAAUAGGCUGAUAAUAUCAUUGGUAGAGAUACGUAAGCAUAGGCCCGGCCUGAGUCAUGCUCGGCGUGUGCUACAGACCUGCUCAGUUAUAUUGGAGGGUGACUUAGCCACUGUGAUCAACUGGAUCUAGGAUGGCCCGAGUGGCGGUGGAGGGGGACACUCCUGCUUUAGAAUAUUUGGACUAUGGUGAGUGAUGAAGUGGCCUUUCGGACUAAGCAUGUAUUUAGACAGGCCAACGAAACUGCAGAUUGGGUGGCUUUUUACGUGGCUUGUCGUUCCGGAGAUACCUUAGGGGCCGAGGAGGAGGAGGAGUUGUCCAGAACACUUUGAAAUUUAUUGUUAUCUGAUUUUAUUGGAUGUAUCCGUGCUAGAACUGUAUGAAGCGUCCGUUUUUAGCACCAAAAAAAAGAAAAAAGAAAGAAAAGAAAAGAAAAAAAAAAUAGAGAUAUGUAGCACAAACUUGUCAUCUGCUGCUAAAUUUUUGAGGCAUCUAGAUUUAUAUCGUGCAUCUAGAUAUAUAUGUGAGCUGCCAUUUUAUGUUGUACAAUGAGUUUGAGCUGUUGAUUAUAUAAUAUUUUGGGAAGUAUAUGUUAUGUUUAAAAAACAAGUUGCUUCCUUCUUGAA